AUCGCGCUAGGUAGCAGCUAGGGUGUUGGUUGAGUGUUCUUGAGAUUUAAAAAUGGACCGUUGGAUAGGUCGCGUAGCUGUUGUUACUGGGGCAAGUUCCGGAAUAGGUGCCGCCAUCGCCAAAGAUUUCGCCAAGGCUGGGAUGAUUUGUGUGGGCUUAGCUCGACGGGUUGAGCGUAUCGAAGCGUUGAAGGAUCAGUUGCCAGCAGAAGCUCGAGAUCGAUUGCACGCGUUGAAGUGUGAUGUGUCUAAAGAGGAAGACAUUCUCGGCAGUUUUAAAUGGAUCGAGGAAACUUUCGGCGGAGUUGACGUGCUAGUUAAUAGCGCCGGUGUCCUGCGGGAUACGAACAUCGUGGAUGCUAACAACACCCAGAUGUUGCGUGAACUUAUGGACACCAACGUAAUGGGGUUGGUCUUGUGCAGUCGAGAAGCUUUCCAGUCGAUGAAGAAACGGAACGUUGACGGGCACAUAGUACACAUCAACAGCACUUCCGGCCAUUACAUUAUACCGUUUUCGCAGAUGAAUCUUUACCCGGCUAGUAAGUACGCAGUUACGGCCAUCACCGAAGUUAUGCGGCACGAGCUUCGAACGGCCGGAACGAAGGUCAAAGUCACGAGUAUUAGCCCGGGAUGGGUGCGAACGGAAAUCGUCCCGGAAGAAUAUCUGAACCAGAGUGAUCUACCCAUGUUGGAUGCGGCAGAUGUGUCUAGUGCGGUGCUCUACGCCAUUGGGACGCCACCUCACGUUCAAAUUCAGGAAAUCAUGAUGCAUCCAGUGGGAGAGGAGUGUUAAAGCACGCCGAAGUUCUGUGUAAAAAAUGGAUCAAUUUCGUAA